UCAUGGCCCCUCCGGACUCGGCCCCUGCGCCCGGGGCCCGGGCCCAGCCCCGCCGCGCUAUGCCCGAGUCGGGCGCGCCCCGGCCCGCGCCCCGCCGCCGCCCCCCGGUCCCCGCGUCGCCCCGGAGCCCGGGCCGCAACCUGCGCCGCCCGCAGCGGCCCUGAGCGCGGCCCCGCCGCCCGGCCCUCGGAGCCUCACGCCGCGCGGGGACGAAGGCGCCAGAGACGCGCGGGGGACGAGGCCGAAGGAAGAAGCGGGAAGGAGAGCGCGGCGGCCGCUGGGCCCGGCGCGCCCGGGAGCGCCGCGCGGCCCUGCCCGCGGGCUCCGGGUGUCGGCGGGGCGGCGCCGCGGAACAUGACGGCGCCCUGGGCCGCCCUCGCCCUCCUCUGGGGAUCGCUGUGCGCGGGUUCCGGGCGCGGGGAGGCCGAGACCCGGGAGUGCAUUUACUACAACGCCAACUGGGAGCUGGAGCGCACCAACCAGAGCGGCCUGGAGCGCUGCGAGGGCGAGCAGGGCAAGCGGCUGCACUGCUACGCCUCCUGGCGCAACAGCUCGGGCACCAUCGAGCUCGUCAAGAAGGGCUGCUGGCUGGACGACUUCAACUGCUACGACAGGCAGGAGUGCGUGGCCACCGAGGAGAACCCCCAGGUGUACUUCUGCUGCUGUGAAGGCAACUUCUGCAACGAGCGGUUCACCCACUUGCCGGAGGCUGGCGGCCCGGAAGUCACGUACGAGCCACCCCCGACAGCCCCCGCCCUGCUCACGGUGCUGGCCUACUCGCUGCUGCCCGUUGGGGGCCUCUCCAUCAUCGUCUUGCUGGCCUUCUGGAUGUACCGGCAUCGCAAGCCCCCCUACGGCCACGUGGACGUCCACGAGGACCCUGGGCCUCCACCUCCGUCCCCCCUGGUGGGCCUGAAGCCGCUGCAGCUGCUGGAGAUCAAGGCUCGGGGGCGCUUCGGUUGUGUCUGGAAGGCGCAGCUCAUGAAUGACUUCGUGGCUGUCAAGAUCUUCCCGCUGCAGGACAAGCAGUCGUGGCAGAGCGAGCGGGAGAUCUUCAGCACGCCCGGCAUGAGGCAUGACAACCUGCUGCAGUUCAUCGCCGCUGAGAAGCGGGGCUCCAGCCUCGAGGUGGAGCUGUGGCUCAUCACCGCUUUCCACGACAAGGGCUCCCUCACAGAUUACCUCAAGGGGAACAUCAUCACGUGGAACGAACUGUGUCACGUGGCAGAGACCAUGUCAAGAGGCCUCUCCUACCUUCACGAGGACGUGCCCUGGUGCCGUGGCGAGGGCCACAAGCCGUCUAUUGCCCACAGGGACUUUAAAAGCAAGAAUGUAUUGCUCAAGAGUGACCUCACGGCCGUGCUGGCUGACUUUGGUCUGGCUGUUCGGUUUGAGCCCGGGAAACCGCCGGGGGACACUCACGGGCAGGUGGGCACGCGGCGCUACAUGGCCCCCGAGGUGCUCGAGGGAGCCAUCAACUUCCAGAGAGACGCCUUCCUGCGCAUUGACAUGUACGCCAUGGGGCUGGUGCUGUGGGAGCUGGUGUCCCGCUGCAAGGCUGCGGACGGCCCCGUGGACGAGUACAUGCUGCCCUUCGAGGAGGAGAUCGGCCAGCACCCGUCGCUGGAGGAGCUGCAGGAGGUGGUUGUGCACAAGAAGAUGCGGCCCGCCAUCAAGGAUCACUGGCUGAAGCACCCGGGCCUGGCCCAGCUCUGUGUCACCAUCGAGGAGUGCUGGGACCACGACGCCGAGGCUCGCCUGUCUGCGGGCUGCGUGGAGGAGCGGGUGUCCCUGAUCCGGAGGUCGGUCAACGGCACUACCUCGGACUGUCUGGUCUCCCUGGUGACCUCCGUCACCAACGUGGACCUGCCCCCCAAGGAGUCGAGCAUCUAAGCCCAGGACACGAGCGGAUCUGAAGAGGGAAGGAAAAGAGUUGUGUUUUGUCUUGGAAAUCCCAUAACACCAACAAACACAUAAAAUGCAGCUGCUAUUUUACCUUGACUUUUUAUUAUUAUUAUAAUUAUUAUAAUUAUUAUUAUUAAUAUUAUUUUUUGGAUCGGAUCAGUUUUUACCAGCACACUGCUCUACUGUAUUGCAAACAGCGGACACGCCAGCGGGCGCUGAGGUGCUGAGCUGAGCGCGGGGCCGGGCCAUGCCGAAGGGCCUCGGCGCCCCCGUCCCUCGGGGUUCGUUUUCCCCACGUUCUCUUUGUUCGUCAUCUCAGAAUCUGUGACACAAAGAAACCCUUCUCCCGUCUUAGGAAACUUAAUGCUGCAAACUCGGCCGAGAGGAACCUUUGAAGACUGUUACACAGGGACCCGCCUUCCUCCGGAGGCCUCUCCCCUGCCCUCGCCCCCCCUCCGCUCGCUCCCUUUUGUCGUUUCUCUCCCGUUUUAGACAGUGAGGUCAAGAAACAGCGGAUGUGUCUUUCGCGGAUUCACGGGUGUCGCCCCGACCGACCGAGGCAGAGCCGGGCCGCGGAUGCCGGCGGUUUGGACCGCGGUCGGAAGGGGAGGGCGGAGCGGGGGGAGGGGUGCGGAGCAGCGCGACACUGGACCCGGCGCCUUCGGAGCAGCGUCCUGUGCCGGGAGGCGACUUCUCAGGUAACCAGGCAUCGAGGGGAGGGCCGUGCGGAGGCCGCGCGCUGCGGGCCAGAGCGGGGCCGGACACAGUCCGAGGCCGGGGAGGCCGUGGCCCGCUUUCCCCACCGCCUGGGGCCCGGGCGUUGGACGGGACGUUUCCUCUGCCCUGAUUUUAAGGUGAGGUGAGGGUGCCAGUCGUCACGCCUCAGUGACUGUAUUCUUCGUGAGACGAUGCUGCACGCGUGUGUCACGGAGGAGGAAGCCGCAUGCGUGGCCUCCUCCUGGAGCGGUUCAGGGAGCCGCCUGCGCGGCCGGGGCGAGAAGGGUCCCUGGCUGGGGCGCGGGCUCUGCCCCGUGUGGGGACCCUGCCGUCCCUUCAUGCGGCUCGCGCACGCGGCUGCCGCCUGACCUCUCAACGAGGUGCAUAUUCUAAAAACCGUUUCUCUCUUACGCCAUAACCUUGCUCCAGUCAGUGAAUGUUCCUAAUGCUGCUGUUUCGACAUUGGAAUUUUUUUAAUUUAUGAAACAUGCAAAUGUUUUGAAAAACGAAACACACAUCCACACAUACACACAUGCUUUGCUAUGUGGCUUCCGAGGUUUAAAUUUUGAAACGUAAAAAGAGUUAAAACUUCACGACCACAGACCACCUCAAACCAGAAAUACCUCAGAAUUUUCUACUUGUGUAAGUUUUAUUAUAUAUUUUAUUAGUUGUGUUGUCUCGUAGU